CUGAUCAAGCUGGCGCAGUUUAUUGGCAGCAGGCUUAAUUUAUACAGGUCAGCAAGGAAGGGGAGGGUCAGAAGAUGAUUGGUCCCCAGGUGGUGCUGGCAGGAAUGUGUAUAAGGGUGAUUGGGUCUCGGUGGGUACUGGCGGGAAUAGUAAACCCGGAAAAGAAGCAGGAAAUCCGCCAUCUUGUGGGUGCGGGCCCUUUUGGUCUCCGGCAAAAGGGCCCUAGAAGCCUGAGCAGCCCCAGCUCCUCCUUUUCUGCCUCCUCGCCCCUUUGGUUAAGAGCUCAGCUUCGCGAUCCAGAGCUCCUACUUGCGGGACCGGAGCAGCGGGCCCGCCCCGCCCCCAGCUCUUAGGCCCCGCCCCGGGCCCCCGCCCGGAGUGUUCCGAGGUGGCUGGUCGUCGCCAGCCCACUCCUCUCUGGUGGAACGCUUUGCUCGCGGCGCUAUUUUUCUAUAAAGUUGUUGUUGCGGCUUCCGCCGCGGGUGGAGGAAGAUGGCGUCUGGCGGUGGUGGCUUUUGCUCUUCGGAAAGACUCCCUCCGCCCUUCCCUGGCUUGGACCCGGAGUCUGAGGGGACGGCCGGGGGGUCAGAGCCCGAGGCUGGGGACAGCGACACCGAGGGGGAGGAUAUUUUCACCGGCGCCGCGGCGGCCAGUAAGCCCCAGUCUCCAAAGAGAAUUGAUUCCCUUUCCAUCAGCAAUGGCUCCCAAGAAAAUGGGAUCCAUGAGGAACAAGACCAAGAGCCACGGGAUCUCUUUGCAGAUGCCACAGUGGAGCUAUCCCUGGACAGCACACAAAAUAAUCAGAAGGCUCCUGCCAAAACGCUCAUUUCUCUUCCUCCACAGGAAGCCACAAAUUCUUCUAAGCCCCAACCAAGCUAUGAAGAGCUAGAAGAAGAAGAACAGGAUGACCAAUUUGAUUUGACAGUUGGUGUAACUGAUCCUGAGAAGAUAGGGGAUGGUAUGAAUGCCUACGUAGCCUACAGAGUUACAACACAGACGAGCUUACCAAUGUUCAGAAAUAAACAGUUUGCAGUGAAAAGAAGAUUUAGUGACUUUCUGGGUCUUUAUGAAAAGCUUUCAGAGAAACACUCUCAGAAUGGCUUCAUUGUCCCUCCUCCACCUGAGAAGAGCCUAAUAGGAAUGACAAAAGUAAAAGUUGGGAAGGAAGAUUCUUCUUCUGCAGAAUUUCUUGAGAAACGGAGGGCUGCUCUAGAAAGGUACCUUCAGAGGAUUGUGAAUCAUCCUACCAUGUUACAGGACCCUGAUGUCAGGGAGUUCUUGGAAAAAGAAGAGCUGCCACGUGCCGUGGGCACCCAGACACUGAGUGGUGCUGGUCUUCUCAAGAUGUUCAACAAAGCCACAGACGCGGUCAGCAAAAUGACCAUCAAGAUGAAUGAAUCUGAUAUUUGGUUUGAGGAGAAGCUCCAGGAAGUAGAGUGUGAGGAGCAGCGCUUACGGAAACUGCAUGCUGUUGUAGAAACUCUAGUCAACCAUAGGAAAGAGCUAGCACUGAACACAGCCCAGUUUGCAAAGAGUCUAGCCAUGCUCGGGAGCUCUGAGGACAACACAGCAUUGUCACGGGCACUCUCCCAACUGGCUGAGGUAGAAGAAAAAAUUGAGCAGCUCCACCAGGAACAGGCCACCAAUGACUUCUUCCUCCUUGCCGAGCUCCUGAGUGACUACAUUCGCCUCUUGGCCAUAGUCCGUGCUGCCUUCGACCAGCGCAUGAAGACAUGGCAGCGCUGGCAGGAUGCCCAAGCCACACUACAGAAGAAGCGAGAGGCUGAGGCUCGCCUGCUGUGGGCCAGCAAGCCUGACAAGCUGCAGCAGGCUAAGGACGAGAUUGUAGAGUGGGAGUCUCGGGUGACUCAGUAUGAAAGGGACUUCGAACGGAUUUCAACUGUGGUCCGAAAAGAAGUCAUACGAUUUGAGAAAGAGAAAUCCAAGGACUUCAAAAACCACGUGAUCAAGUACCUUGAGACACUCCUGUAUUCACAGCAGCAGACAUGCACAGUAUGGGGCCAGCUGGGUAACAGGAGCAGAAGCUGGAAGACAGAAAAGCAGCUUGGGUCUUGGUUCCACAGCUCUCUUCAAGAUAAACUGGUGAUUUGAAGGUACCUGAGCACAUCUUUGUUCCUCCAACCUCAGUGCUGGGCACACCAGGAGACCAAUUGGUUGGUCCACUGACAUCACUCUAAGGGGGUAUGAGGAAUUGUAGCACCAGAAAAGUCUCGCUGGAAGCUGUGCUGCACUGGAUGCCAGGUGGCUGGGGUGGCCUCUGCCAGCUCCCCCUGCUCCAAGCCUGGGCUGUAGUGUCUGAAGCCGCUGAACUGCCUCUGUCUGCAAUGGGUGGGUAGCUCCUGGGAGGGAUGCUGUUGCCUGGAGCCCCUGGGUCGGAGCCUGCCUGUCCCCUGAAGAGCAGGUAACCUGCCCUGAGCCAGAUUUGCUUUCGGGGCUCUGGCAGGACAGGCUUGUCAGGAGCCUUCCCAACGCAGACCUCUCCCAGGCCACUUGUUUUUUCCUCACACCUCAGUCGCAUCAUCUAUAAAACCAUAAGUAAUUACUACUAUCCCGCUGUUUUGGCCCUCAAAAACAGCAAACUCGUAUAACCAAAUAUUAAUAGCUAACAUGUAUUUACUGUGUGUCAGGCCCUAAACAGUUUAGAAGCAUGAUGUCAUUUAAUCCACACACAGCUCUCCUUUGUACAGAUAAGGGCCCUGAGGCACAGGGAGUUGGUCCCAAAGAGCCUUGGUGCCCAAGUUUAGGCCCAGCCUUGCUCAGCAGCCCAGUUGCUGGGCCUCGGGCUGCCCGCCAGGCAAGAAGAAUCCAGCCUCUGUGCCCAGCGGCGCCCUCAGGCCCCAGGAGCCGUAUGUUUUCUUAAUGGAGUUAACCAAACCUCCUGGGCAGCGCUGGCGGCUCGGCAGAACCCGAGCCAGUGAACGGGGCUUUUUGUGUGAGGGCGGCUGCGGAAGGCACGCCACCCCCUGACCUGGGCCACCCGCAGGAGCGGGCAUGUUGGCGUCACCUCUGCUUGGGCCUUGACCCUCAUCUCCAGGCUCCACGCCAGCACAGUGGGGGUGUGAGUGGCCGGCUCCCUCUUGGGCUGGUCUGAGAGUCAAGAGACAGGUGUCUACCAUCUGGUCCUCAACCAGAAGCGUCAGCAUCACUGAGGAACUUGUGAAAAAGGUCCAUUAUCAGGCUCCACACCAGGCCUACAAAUUCAGAAAACUAGGGUGAGGGCCCUAUGAUCUGAGGUUUAACUGGCCUUGUAGGUGCUGAUGAUGGCUGCUAAGGUCGGAGAACCACUGCUCUGUGCUCCGAUCUGGAAAUACCCUGGCCAAGAAAAUAUCACCAACCAGUACUUAAAAGCAACUUUCACUAGAAAUUUGGAAAUUAAAUUCAUAUUGGAGAGCAAUAGAGGAAAGGCAAAGAUUUGUGUAAUAAAACAACUCAUUCUAAAAACAGAAGUCACUUUGAAGGUCUACACGGUCAUCGUAUAUUAGCUUGGUGUUCAUAUACACUUGAGUUGAACAAUGCUUAAAGUAUACAGAAAAUAAA